ACAACUCAUUGAGACCACUUGAAACAUUCUUUUAUUCAAGUGUGUUUGAUGUAUAUAAAUGACACGACACAACAGUAUUAUUUUAAAAACUAUUAAUUCAACACGUUUUCGUUUAAAAAUACGUAUAUCAAAACAAGUUUCAGUAGGCUAUUAUGUAUAAACAAAAUGCAUCCUUUGUGACACAGUGAUGAUUUCGACGUACGGACUAUGGCCUAGUGGCACCUUUGUAUUUUUUUCGAUUCUCCUGAUAGCGCAAAGUCUAUCCUGUCCAACAAACUGCGAAACCUGUCAUAACGACAAUAUAUGUGAACGAUGCGUAGACGGCUACUACAACGGACACCUGUACGUGAAUCAACAGUAUCUUGAAAUCAAGAAUUGCAGUCUAAAGUGCAGCGAGAAUUGCGAAGCGUGUACUUCAAAUAAAACCUGUACUAAAUGCAAGCCUGGAUUUUGCAUCGAUACAGAGAACAUAACUUGUCAAAGGCGAUGCAAUGAUAUAAAUUGCGAAUCAUGUGCGUCAUGUGAUGUUUGUACGAGAUGUUUUGUUUGGUAUUAUGGUAAAACUUGUGAGCAGAAAUGCAGAGACGGCUGUAAAGAUGGACUUUGUAACAUGGAAAAUGGUCAUUGUAGUUGUCGACAAAACUUUCAAGGUAAGAAAUGUGACAUGUGCGUUUUGGGGAAAUACGGUUACAACUGUGACAAAAAUUGUUCAACAGGCUGUCAGGCUAACAUUUGUGACAAGCAACGUGGAGUCUGUGAUCAUGGCUGUAAACAAGGAUAUAAACGUCCCUAUUGCAACUCGUGCGUUGAUGGAUUCUAUCUUAAUGGUAAUACAUGUGAAAAUUGCCCCAACACCUGUUUGAAAUGCACGUCUUCAAACUAUUGUUCAAUGUGUAAACCAGGAUUUUGGGGGUAUAUGUGUCAUCAUACCUGUCCAGAGACUUGUAAAUUUUGUGUUUCCGGAACGAAAUGCCAAAAAUGCAUUCAAGGACAUUACGGUCCAUCCUGUAAUGAUAUAUGUCCAGAAGGCUGUGAAAGCAACAUCUGUAGUAAGAAUGACGGUCACUUCCGGACUUGCAAACCUGGAUAUAGUGGACACCUUUGUGACACGUGUGAUGUUGGAUUUUGGGGAGAGUAUUGUAAUACUUCCUGUAGCCGAGGCUGUUUAGAUGAUAAAUGCACAAAAGACACUGGUACAUGUAUAAAAGCGUGCAAACACCGAUUUACUGGAGAGAAUUGUGAUAGCUGUGUAAAGGGAUUUCAUGGAAAGGAAUGUUCUGCAUGUCCAAGGAACUGUGAGAUUUGCACUUCAAAUGUCCUGUGUAGUAGAUGUCGGUCAGGAUAUUGGGGACCUCGAUGCUCGAUUCGUUGUCCACAAAAUUGCGAUGAUAAAACAUGUGACAAACUAAAUGGUUCAUGUACCAGUUGCAUUGAAGGAUUCUUUGGAGCACAAUGUGAAACUAAAUGCCCUGAAACAUGUGCAACUAAUACUUGUAACGCUGAAGGUACCUGUUUCGCCUGUAAUAGUGGAUAUUUUGGAGCAAACUGUUCGAAUGUAUGUCCUUCUAACUGUGAAGAAAAAUGUCAAAGAAGAAGUGGAUAUUGUCGAUCGUGUAUUGAUGGGUACUUUGGCAAUCUUUGUGAUAGAAAAUGCCCCGAGAACUGUUUAAGCUGCAUAUCGGAAACAAAUUGUUCAUAUUGCAAAACAGGAUUCAAAGGCACUAUUUGUGAAUAUGAAUGUUCUAACUGCAAAUAUGGAACUAAAUGUAGACAACAUGAUGGUUUCUGUGAAAAGGAAUGCGCCGACGGUUUAUACGACACAAUGUGUGAUAGAACGUGUUCGAAGGAAUGUAAAACGUGUGCCAGAACAUCACACUUUAGGUGUUCUUCUUGCAUUCACGGAAAAUACGGCAAACGUUCCAAUAACGGGGAAACAUAUCUAACAUGUAAAUUAAAUUGUAGUGCGGCAUGCUUUAAUAACAGCUGUAACGAAGAAAAUGGCCAAUGUCUACACGGAUGUUUACAAGGACGUUUUUGGGGUUCGUAUUGUAAAUCGUUUUGUCCAAGGCACUGUAAGAAUGGAAAGUGUUCUGUUGAUGACGGAGCAUGCUCUGAAGGCUGUGAAGAAGGAUAUUUUGGAAGAAAAUGUUCAUGGCGUUGCAAUGUCUACGAUAGUUAUUGUUCGGCAUGCUUAGCAGACGAAAACUAUCAAUAUGAAGGCUGUAUUAUGUGUAACAAGGGUUACUAUCCAACAAAUGGUCUAAUUGAUCAGCUGAAACACAAGCGAUGUGGACCUUGUUCACCUAACUGUUCACUUAACGAAUGCAAUACAACAAAUGGAUUUUGUCUACACGGCUGUAUUAUGGGAUUAUGGGGAAGGGAGUGUGAGAAAUCAUGUGAUCUUAAUUGUUUAAGUUGUAACCAAACUAGCGGAGAUUGCUUGAAGUGUACCGACGGAAGAUACGGCAUCAGAUGCUUAGAAAAUUGUAGUAUAAACUGCGGAAGAAGAAAUGGAGUACCCGUAUGCAUUCAAAAUGAUGGUCAAUGUUUAAAUGAUUGUAGUAAGAAGACAAGUUACGGUACAUAUUGUGAAAACGAAUGUAGCAAGAAUUGUUUAAAUGGUGAAUGUCACUGGAAAACAGGACAUUGCAUCUUAGGAUGUAUAAACGGGUUCCAUGGUAAGAUUUGUGACAUGCCCUGCAGCAAAAACUGCGUGAACAACACUUGUAAUAGAUUAGGCGGAGAUUGUAGUGUAGGAUGCCAGCCAGGAUUUGAAGGAACGGCCUGCACUCGAGUGACUAGUGGCAUCAAUUUGAGCGUUAUCAUAGGUACAGGCAGUGCCUUGAUAGUAAUUCUGAUUGGCAUUACUACAACGGUUAUCUGUAAAUGCCAUAAACGUAUGUUUUAUAGAAACAGGACCAAACCAUCACUUGAAAUGAGAGAACGACAUAGAAAUAUCAAUGUUGACCAUGUUGAGAUAGACAAUCGGAAUGAUAUGAACAGUCGACCGAAUGUAGCUGCUGGAAGCAGCAAGGAAAGUGGAAAUCUGGACAAUAGAAAUACUGAAGCAAGGGUAGAAUACGCUUAUAUUCCAAAGACUGAAAGAUUUCUGACACAAGUAGACUCCAGCGAGGAGGUGGAAAUAGAAUCGUACGAAGAUGAAAACCUCAGGGGAGUUGAAGCAACACAGACGACAAUGUUUACAAUCCAUGAUGAUGGUACGUACUACAAUACGGCUGCAGUACUGAAACGAAGGGUACCAAUAGACAAACUGAAGGAGUUUGUUUCAAAAAAGACAAUGGACGAUUUCAUUAAAGAAUUUAAGGAACUGCCUGUUGGACUUAUAAAACCAUAUGGGAUAUCACAAACGACGGAAAAUUUUAAAAAGAAUCGAUACCGAGGAUUAUAUCCGUAUGACAAAAGAAGAGUGGUGAUUAGGCAAAACAAAGAUGACUACAUAAAUGCAAGCUACAUAGACGGACAUAAUAAGAAGAAUGCCUAUAUAGCCUGUAUGGGACCAACCACUAAACACAUGGGUGUAGACUUUGCUGUAUUUUGGGAAAUGAUUUGGCAGGAGAGUGUUAGCAUAAUUGUCAUGUUGACAAACUUAAAAGAGUUAGGGGUUCCGAAAUGUGACAAAUAUUGGCCAGAUAGAGGAUCGCAGGGACUGUACGGUGAUGUACAAGUUACGUGUCUUUCAGAAGAUAUCAUGACAGAUUACACAAUCAGGACCUUCACUGUUCAGAAAACACAAAAGCGGAAGUUGUACCAAAUGCAUUUUACAUCAUGGCCAGAUAAAGGUAUUCCAGAAAGCGUUCAUAGCUUGACAGACUUCCAAAACCGUGUUAACAACUUGAACAUAGUUACCUCGGGACCAGUCGUUGUCCACUGCAGCGCAGGGAUUGGGCGUACCGGUACAUAUAUAGCUUUAGAUAUUCUGACCAAGGAGGGACGCUCAGAAAAAUACGUUGACAUAUUUGCCUGCGCAAGAAACAUGAGGGAGGACCGUGUAAAUAUGAUACAAACCGCUGACCAGUAUAUGUUUCUCCACCAGUCUCUAGUGCAUGUGCUAACAGGCUAAACAGUAGUGGAGUGUUCGGAUUUACUGGCUUUGUGAUAAAACAGAGACAAAAACAUCAGCGAUAUUCAAGAUGUAUACCACAAAUAUGUCAGCGGCUUUACUUUAUUCCUUUAUUUUUUACUUACCUAGUUACUUUAGUAUUCAUGAUAUACAUGUACAAUUGUGUCGUUUUAAAGACUUCAGAAGUUUGCAUCACUAAAUCAAAAAGUAACAUAGAAUGAAAGAAAGGAGAAUGAUGCGGAUAGUGAUUUGAAAAAUGUUUAUUUGGUUAUACAUACAAUGUAUGAUUGUGCUUAAUGUAUACAUCGUGUUCCAAUCUCUUUAAACACGUCAAUUAUUUUCAUUCUUUACUUCGCUUGUACAUUGAGCAAGGUUACAAAAUAUUCAUAAAACGAGUCACAAACUAUUUAUGAAAUAUAAUAUGAAGUUUAGGGACAGGCAUAAAUUAAGGAAAGAAUUAGUACGAGACAUAUUGUAAGAAAUCUGCAUACGAAGUCUUUCAUUUACAGAAAUGACAAUGAAUAUGUGUAGAUGAAGUGUCGAAGCGAAUAUUUAUUCAUUUAGUUAUUUGUAUUAUCAUCAAUAUUAUUCUUAACUUAUAAAACUUAUAAGCUUAUCUACUCUUACUCUUUACUAAUUGUUUCUUAUUUUAUAAUUCGUAAACGUUCAACGUUCUAGACGAUUGGAAUUCCAAUUUCAAGGAAAUAACAGAUAAUAAUAGAACCAUAACUGUUACCAUAUAAUUGUUUCUUUGAUCGGUUGUAGAAAUUUUGGAAACCGAGACACGAAAAGUGAAAUAUUCUAAAGCGAGACUUGUGUAAAAUUCUAAUCUAUCCCCCACCAAAGCACUGUAUUUGUUUGAAUCAUAUUGUUUCUCCAUUCACGAUGUCAUUUUUGAUCUUGAAUCAAUCAUUUAAGCAAUCAAUAAAUAAAUCAAUCAAUCUAAGGUCUAAAAGAUGAUUAAAUCAAUUAGUUUAAGAUACAAGAGAUUUAACUUUUCAUUGCUUUAGAUCUCUUUCUCCACAUUUGUGUUACUUCACGCAUAUUUUGUAUUAUAUAUGCCACAUCUUCUAUUGAGGAAAACUGAAGUAAAAAUAAAAGUGCCUGUACUUCAUUAUGACACUUUUACUGAAAUGUUAAUAUCAAAUUGCACUUCAAUCCGUUGAUUGUUGUUCUGGGAGUGAUAUGUCAACUUUGAGACUUCUAAUGCUGGAGGAAGCCUCCGGAUAUUAAACAGAGUACAUCUAAAAACGCAACACUUGGUCUACAAUCAAUAUUUUAAACCUGAUAAUUGACAAGAAUACUGCACUAACUUGGAUUUCUUUUUUUGGUUUUGGUUUUGGAUGAUUGUCAGUUUUUUACACGAUCUUACAAUACUACACAAAAUUCAAAUAUACAUGUACAAGAAAGUAUGAAAAAUCGAGGAUAAAAACGUUGCGUUUCUAGAUCUACUGAGCAAAUUUCAGACAUGGGUUAGCUUCUACUAAUAGGUAGAAACUUUCUGCAAGCCAGUUGGAUGGCUUCCUAAUAUGAAAAAUUUCUGGACCUAAGUUAGGCGUCCAAGUCUAAGAUGUGGGAACGAGUAUUUUAGACGAAUUACACUUAACAAUUUUAACCAGUCACCUUCAAAUAAACUAUUCACAAUAAAGUCCUAAUAGUUAUUCACAUAUUUACACAAAUUCUGCGUCUGAUUUACAUAGAAAAAGGCACUUAAGGAACAAGUAGUUAGAUUUUAAGAUUCAACUAUCACCAAGAAGACAUAUUUGAUGUCUCGUUCAGCUCCUUACGCAUGUCUGCAACUAUAGUGUUAAACAUCGCCCGUAUUUCUGAGAGUUACACUUUUCAAGAUUUAUCCAAUACAAUUUUUUUAAAGAAUUUGCUUAUCGUGGUUAUGAUUCGCUUUAACCCUUCGGUCUUUUAUCUUCAGAACGUCCAAAUGAGCUCGAGUUUUGAAUAGCAUGCCAUCUUAGCGGGCAUACAAUGUAUCUUGUUAGAUCUCAUUCUCUUUAUUGCUGUCAAAGUAUGUAGAUCAUGUCUUGUGAACCAGAAUAUUGAUUUGUUGACGGUGCAUAAGAAGUAUUGAAAUACGAAUACUUUUUGUUACUUUGUGUAAAUCAAUGCAAUAAUUUUUCUGUAAUUGUAACGAUUAAUUUUUUGUAUUUUCAUUUUAAUUUAAGUUACUGGUAGUAAGAGACCUUGUGCGCAUUUAAAACUAUCAUAGAUACUGAUGUUCUGGAAUCUUUUCUCUCUGCAAAUAAAACAAGAUGUUACAAA